CGGGAGGGGGAGGGAAGGAGGAGGGAACCAUGCGAGGUUCUGUGAUCAGCGGCGAGGGUCGCCUCGAGAGACCGUUUCUGAGGUGGGGGCCGGACCGUGCGAGCAGGAAUUCUGAAGCCUCCAGUACUUCCUACCUCAGGGGGAUUUGAUCCCUCAUGGCCGCCGCUGACAGUAUCAUUGUGCUGGAUGAUGAUGAUGAUGAAGAUGUAGCAGCUAUUCAACCAGAGCCUUCCCACCCAUCCCCCAACCCAUCCUCCCCAGGAGCAGAAGACCCUAGCCCCUCCGAACCGGAAGCAGCCAGAGGAAGCAGUGACUUGGGUGGCAAGAAAUCCUACAAGUUGGAAAAUGAGAAGCUGUUUGAAGAGUUCCUUGAACUGUGUAAGACACAUACAUCAGAUCACCCUGAGGUGGUCCCGUUCCUCCAUAAACUGCAGCAGCGUGCCCAGCCUCUGUUUCUGGCCUCAGCAGAGUUCUGCAACAUCCUGUCUCGGGUCCUCUCUCGGGCCCAGAGCCAGCCAGCCAAGCUCUAUGUCUACAUCAAUGAGCUCUGCACUGUGCUUAAAGCCCACUCGACUAAGAAGAAACUGAACCUGGCUCCAGCAGGCUCCACUUCCGGUGAACCCUCUGAGAACAAUCCUCCCUCGGACCCCACAAAUGCUGAAACCACUGCCUCUGAGGCCCCAAGGACCCACCGUGGUUCCCGGAGGCAGAUCCAGCGCUUGGAGCAGCUGCUGGCUCUCUACGUGGCAGAGAUCCGGCGGCUACAGGAGAGGGAGUUGGAUCUGUCAGAGUUGGACGAUCCAGACUCCACAUAUUUGCAGGAGGCCCGGUUGAAGCGGAAGCUGAUCCGCCUCUUUGGGAGGCUGUGUGAGCUGAAGGACUGCUCUUCUCUGACUGGCCGGGUCAUAGAGCAGCGCAUCCCCUACCGGGGCACCCGGUAUCCAGAGGUAAAUAGGCGCAUCGAGAGGCUCAUCAACAGGCCAGGGCUUGAUGCCUUUCCUGACUAUGGAGACGUGUUGCGAGCUGUGGAGAAGGCAGCCACUCGGCACAGUCUGGGUCUCCCCCGGCAGCAGCUCCAGCUCAUAGCUCAGGAUGCCUUCCGGGAUGUGGGUGUUAGGUUACAGGAGCGCCGCCACCUUGACCUCAUCUACAACUUUGGUUGCCAUCUCACGGAUGACUAUAGGCCAGGCAUUGACCCUGCACUCUCAGAUCCCAUGUUGGCCCGCCGCCUUCGGGAAAACCGUAGUUUGGCCAUGAACCGACUGGAUGAGGUCAUCUCCAAAUAUGCACUGAUGCAAGAGAAAAGUGAGGAGGACGAGAGACAGAAGCGGAGAGCCCGGCUUCCCCAAGGCAGCUCUCCCCACUCUGCAGGCUCCCCCAAAGCCUCCUUGGAUUGUGGUGAGGGUCCUAGUGGAAUGACAUCCCAUGAGUGCCCUUCUACCUCCAAGGCUGAAACUGAUGAAGAUGAGGAAAGUGAUGAUGAGGAGGAGGAGGAAGAAGAUGACGAUGAAGAUGAUGAUGAUGAGGAUGAGGCCACAGAAUCUGAGGAGGAGGAUCUAGAACAGUUGCAGGAGGGUCAGGGGGAAGAGGAGGAGGAAGAAAGAGGAGAUAAUGAAGGAGCCAGAAGCCCCACAUCCCCGUCACAGAUCUCCACUGAAAAGAACUUGGAACCUAACAAAGGUCUCAGUGGGUCUUCCGGGGAGCCUCAACAGAAAGGACUCACAGUGGCCCCAGCUUCACCACUGGAAGAAGCCCUGAGCCCCUCCUGCGUGGAUGCUGAAAGCAGUGGAGAACAGCUACAAGAGUCGCCCCUGAAGGAAGAGAGUCCUGCGUCUCAGCUCUUUGAGCUGGAGAUUGAAGCCUUGCCCGUGGACACUACCCCUUCCCCUGAGGAGGACAUUUCCUCUUCUAAUAGGCAGUCAGAGGGUCCCCUUUCCAGUGUCGCGGAGAACGGGGCAGCUGUGGUCACAUCCACUUCCGUCAAUGGGGGUGUCUCUCCUCACACCUGGGGAGAGUCCAGUCCCCCAUGCAAGAAACCGCGGAAGGAAAGGAAGCAGGCAGAAUCAGGACAGUUCAACAGCUGUGUGGAAAGGCAAAGGGCAGAGCAGGAGCAGACUGGGGAGAUACGAACCCUGCCUAGUCCACUUUCUCCCUUGGCUUCCACGGCUCCUGUUGCUGAUUCUUCCACGAGAGUAGACUCUCCAAGCCAUGGCCUGGUGACCAGCUCCCUCUGCAGCCCUUCUUCAGCCCUGUUACCCCACAUCUCCCACCUACACCCUCCCCAGCCUGGUACUUACAAGAUGAGCGUGGCCACGCAGUGCGAUCCAGAGGAGAUCAUCGUGCUCUCAGACUCUGACUAGCUGCCUCCUGCUGUCCCUGCCUCUGUGAUGCUUUGAUCGCAUUUGGAAGAUUGUGGAACUGUGGGACUCAAAUGCCUGAGGAAGGGAUGAACUGAGCUAAUUUCUUUUUGGUGGUGUUUCUUUGAAAAAAAAUUUUAAGUUUUACACAGACACAUUAAAAAACAAUAAAAUCUUUUCUUAUUGUAA